UUGCUUCUUAAACCACACAUCAAGAGAGAUCUCUUUUGCAAUUCCUCCUGGUCUAAGGUUCCCCGCAAACGAAGAAGUCGUCAAAGCCUCAUCUCAUCUCCAAAUCUCUUUCAGCUGCUCUGACGUAGUUGCAGACGCCAUGGCGAAGGAGCGGGACCCACCGCCAAAAGCUGCUCUCAUUGCUACCACCCGGUCCUCCAUCUCGCGCUAUCUUUCUCACGCAUCCACGGCUCUGGGGAUCGAACCGGCAGCGGCCAUGCUCUCCAAGUUCGCGACUUUCCAGAGCAGGAGAACCUCCAAGCAGAAGGGAAAGCAAUACGACAGAUUUGGUUCACAAGCUCAUUCUAAAGAAGCGGUUUUGACUUCAAAGUCGAAUAUACCUUAUGAUUUAUCGGAACCAAUACAAGAUGAUAAAAUAGAUUCUGAAGCAUCCUAUGCGAAAAGUGUGUUGCCAAAUUCUGAUGCCUCGCCUGUAGUAACCCAUAUUUCUGACGGGAGCUCAAGCGUGGGCUCCUUCCGAAAAUAUGCCAUAUAUGAUGGUAAAGAAAGCCAAACCACUUCGGUCUUAUCUGAGGAAACUGAUGCUGUCCCUUCUGUAUUGCUUCCCUAUGAGGAUGCUGAAGAGCAGUUCUUAGAAGACCAUGAAGGUUACUUUUUGCACCUGUCGGUGGACAAUAUACGUAAGGAUCAAUACCCUAAACUUGAGCUGCAAAGAAUUGUCUACCUGGAUUAUGCAUCUUGCCCGUUGUACUCGCGGUAUCAGGUGGAGCAGCACAUGCAAUUCCUACUUGAAGAGACUGAUGCGUUCCUAGGUUCCAACUAUGCCACUGAAAAACAAAGUGUACUGCAUGAUACUUAUGUUGAUAUUGCAAGUGGACACAUUUUGAAUCUUCUGAACACAACCCAAAAUGAAUAUACCACAAUUUUUACUCCUGGGCUUCCAUCCUGUUAUCACCUGCUUGGCCAGAUGCAUAACUUUAAGAAAGGUACUCAUGUUCUUGCUAGCCAUGACCAUCAUAUGUCUGUUCAGCAUUUUAUUCGUGUAGCAUCACAGUCCAAGUUGAGAACAGCAGCAAUACCUCUUAAAAGCAAGGAUCUGUAUGUCCAUGGAAAUGAUAUGCACAAGUUGCUCAGAAAACAAAAUUCUAGUGGUCACGGAUGUGGGCUCUUGUUGCUCCCUGCCCAAUCGUUCUUAUCUGGUAUGUGCCACCCUCUGAGCUGGAUUGUGGGUGCACAACAAAAUGGAUGGGAAGUUCUUUUAGAUGUUUCCAGUUGCCUUCCGAUGGUUAGAAUUGAUCUUUCUUUAUAUCAACCUGAGUUUGUCAUUGGUUCAUUGCACCACAUGCUUGGAUAUCCUUCUGGUGUUGCUUUUCUUCUAGUCCGAAGGAGUUCUCAUUCUGUAUGUAUCAAGAAGGGAUCAGCUCAAGUAAAAUUAGCCAAAGUGCCUGAUAAUGGAAAAAGUGUUCAUGUUCUAACAGAAGGGGAAAAUUUGAAUAUCCAUAUGUUUGCAGCUUUGAGUUUUGGCUUUGAACAUUUAGAGAAUAUUGGCAUUGUAGCUAUUCAGAAGCGGGUAGAAAGCUUGAUCACUUGGCUGGUCAGGACUCUAAAGUCAUUGAAGCACAAGUUGGAAGAGAAGCCUUUGUUGCAGUUGUACGGAUCUCUGGAUCUGAAGUAUAGAGGCUCAAUUUUGGCAUUCAAUAUCCUCGAUCCGACUGGAAAUAUUUUCCCAGCUAGGCUUGUUCAGCAACUAGCAGUGAAGACUAACAUUUUUUUGGGUGUUGGCACCCUUGAGGAUCUCAGCGUGUAUAAUAUUUUGGACCAGAAAUCAGACAAGCAGGUGGAGGGUGUGAGUUCUUAUGCAUCCACUUACAAUUUUGAAGUGGUUCGUCUAUCACUUGGUCCUAUUUCCACAUUUGGUGAUGUAUACAGGCUAGCACAAUUUUUAUCCCGCUUUAGGGAUGAAGAUUACAUGUCAUCUGAAGCUGCUGGGUAUGUUGAAGAGCUUGAGAAUGAAUGUUGAUCAGUUUAAACAAACAGCCAAUGUAUUCUCAUUGCAACAGAAGCCCAUUAAUACACCAAAUGAGGUAUAAUUAGCAGACCAUCAGAACCCUGCAUUUCAUUUGGGUGGAAUUCGUCAUGCUGUACAAAGAAUUAAAAAAAUUACAGAGCAAGAGGAGUUGAUUGCAGGAGCGCUGAUAAAUUUAGGUGAAACAUUUUGUUAAGAAUAAUGCUCUUUUUCUUGGUUUUGAAAAAUGAAGCACCAACAGCAAUCAACUGUUUGAUAGAGCAUGGGCAUCUUAUGUGGUCGGUACUCUCUUAUGUACCACCGCAUCUUAAUGAGCUUGUUCGCUGCUAUUGGUGCAAUUGACUGUUGCCUCUGAUGUUGCCAACAUGUAAAGGAUUUUGUUGUAAAUUUAUGACACUGCAAUUCUUGAACUAG